CUAUAAUCGGACACUCCAGAGCGAAAUUCGAAACAAGGACUACUUCUAAAAUAGAAAGAUUCUCCUUUCUGUGGAAAUACUUUUUUUUGUCACUCGGCUAUAGGUCGGACGUUUCUAAAACAUGCUUCCCCGCGCAGUUAUUUUGCUUAAUCAUACAUAGUUUUUUUGCCCUCCCCAUCCAGAAAUGCAUGCCUGUAAAUGCGCCGCCAGAUCUCAUUGGCUGUGACUUUAAAAUGCCUGUCUUCCAUCCCCUCAUUCCGUACUCCGGGAUUUGGAGAUCGCCUCCCAUUCCUGCUCUCGCCGAUCGUCAGAGAGCCGAGCUGUCAACCUCUGGCCAGCAGCCCCGUUUCAGAGACUCUCUGUUCGCUCCCUCCUCCAGGAACCCGUGCAAUCUGCGGUCCGUGCUCUCAUGCCGCGUUGGUAGUUUUUUUUGUCCCCCUUUUGCUGCGCCCAAGUUUCGAUCAUCUCUGAUUCUAACAAAAAAAAAAAAAAGUGAAAAUACUUUUGCAUUUGGAAAAAGAAAAGGUGCAUCUGUAAAACUGUAAGCGCUGAAUAUUUCAUUUUGAGAUUCGAUCGUAAACGGUAGAAAGCGACUCCUUACGAUGUCUGGCGAAGACGCACCUGCUCCGCAGCAGAAGCCCGAGGAGCAGACGAAGCAGGAGACCAAAGCGAACGAGGAGCCGAAAGCCGAGUCCAAGCCGGAGCCGCAGCCCGCGGCCGAAGCGGCGGCUGCCCCGGCGGACGCCCCGGCGGCCGCGGAGAAAGCCCCGGAGGAGGAGGCCUUCACCUUCAGGUCCCUGGUUCUCUCCGGACACGGGGGCUACGACAAAGUCAAGCUGCAGGUGAAGAAGGGAAAGCCGGCACUGAAGAGCGGAGAGGUGAUGGUGCGGGUCAAGGCGUGCGGUCUGAACUUCAGCGACCUGCUGGGGAGGCAGGGUCUGUACGAGCGGCUGCCGUCGCCGCCAGUCACGCCCGGGAUGGAGUGCUCCGGGGUGAUCGAGGCUGUAGGGGAGGAAGUAACGGACAGAAAAGUUGGGGACAGAGUGAUGGUGUACUACAGAAACGGACUGUGGCAGGAGGUGGUGGUUGUCCCAGCCAGCAGCACCCUGCAGAUGCCGGAAGGGAUGAGCUUUGAAGAGGGCGCCGCCCUGCUGGUCAACUACAUCACUGCGUACAUCGUGCUCUUCGACUACGGCAACCUGCGGCCCAACCAGAGCGUGCUCAUCCACAUGGCGGCAGGUGGCGUUGGCAUCGCCGCCACCCAGCUGUGCAAGACUGUGAAUGACGUGACCGUGUUCGGCACGGCGUCCGCCAGCAAGCACGAGGUCAUCACCCAAGUUGGGGUCACCCACCCCAUCGACUACCGCACGCGGGACUACGUGGAAGAAGUCCGCAAGAUCAGCCCCAAAGGGGUGGACAUCGUCCUUGACCCCCUGGGAGGAUCGGACACCCACAAGGGAUACAACCUGCUAAAGCCAAUGGGAAAGCUCGUCACCUAUGGUGCCGCCAAUGUGCUGACGGGUCCGAAGAAGAACCUGUUUGCCAUGGCGAAGACCUGGUACAACCACUUCUCGGUCAACGUGCAGAGCCUGAUGAACAGCAACAAGGCAGUGUGUGGCUACCAUUUGGGCUACCUGGAUGGGGACAUGGAGAUCCUGUGGCAGGUGGCCAAUAAGCUGCUAGACCUGUACCGUCAGGGCAAGAUCAAGCCCCGCCUGGACUCCACCUGGCACUUUGAGCAGGUGGGCGACGCCAUGAGGAAGAUGCAGGAGCGGAACAACAUCGGCAAGGUGAUCCUCCUCCCCGAGCCCAAGAAGGAGGAGCCCAAGAAGGAGGAGCCCAAGAAGGAGGAGCCCAAGAAGGAGGAGAAGAAGGAUAAGAAGGAAGAUAAGAAGGAGAAGAAAGAGGAAAAGAAGGAGGAGAAGAAGAAAGAGGAGCCCAAGAAGGAGGAGAAUUGAGAACGUGGGGCCUGUAGUAUUAGAAAAGGGGUUAGAUGCCCCUGCUGGGGGGGGAUGGGUUUAUUUUUCGGGGUGGGGAGGUGGGGUACAGCCUAAUUUGACAUCAGCCUGAGUCACCAAAAGCUGCUCUUGGCCCUCCCCCCCCCUCCCCCCCCCACGGCUCAUUGUUCCAGAUCCUCCAGCGUCCGCCUGGUUUACGUUACCCCCUGCCCCCUCGAGCGCUCAUGUUUACUCCACCCACCACGACGCAACAAACUAACCACUGUGCUUCUAGGCACCCCAAUGCAUGGGAGGGAACCGCACGGGACUCUGGGAAAUUUCCCCCAGCCCUGGGCAGAUGGCCGUCGCCGUGACGACCGCACACCUGCUCGUGUGGCACCUCCCCCGCUCCCCACUCACCCGUUUUGCAUGAUGCCGUCAUAAACCCUCCCUUUACCUGACUUUCAAACCCCCCCCCCCCGGCAAUCAGAGCAAUGCAGACUCACAGAGAGACCCCGUUUGUGUGCCUCCACCCACCUAAGCUUGACGGUCUCCCAGAACCGGCGCUGCCGUCCAGCAAAGCAGGGAGAUGAGUCAGUCCAGCGGCUGAUUGGCUGUUUACGGCUGGGACGGCUCUGCAUGUGUAUGAGCUUGCUGACUCUGCCCGCUCAGUAGAGCAUGCUGAUGGAGAUACUUAUCUCCGUCCACCAAAGGCCUCCCCAGUUAUACAACACACAGCCCCCCCCCUUUCGUUUUUUCAUACCGUAAGAUUGAUCACCUGCUGGAUGAGGGGAAGGUGACAAACUCACAGUUUUAAAAGUAAUGAAGAUUUUACUCUUAACGGCGUUGAACUGUCUGUCGCCCAGUGCAGCCAGGAUAAUUCAAGCAAAUAAUUAUAGAGAUGAAUUGGCCUACCCUACUAUCAAUGCACGCUGCUAAUUAAAAGCAAGUUUUAACAUUGAAAAUAAUGUAAAGAAGAAAAUGAGUAAUGAAAUUCCUGUAGAUCUGUGCCCUUUCCCUGCAUCCAGCCCUCCGUGAGUCACUCGCCAUAGCAACCGCACUUCUCCAUAGCGACUUGGGUAGUGGUCAGAGGUCGCUGUGACUACUGACCUCACGAUGCGAAUGCCCUCACCAGCUUCCUAACUGCCUCUUCAUCUCCUCCUCUUCCGUCACCUUUCCGGCAGUCAGCAUGGCAUGUCUGCCCCCCCCCCCCCAUCUCUCCCUAGGGAGGGACGGCAGAUCUACAGGCUAGGGAUGGGCUGCUGAGGAUGGUAAACUAGGGGCAGGGUGUGAGUCAUUGUCCACCCAGACAAUUUAAUCUGAAGAGGUGUCCACUACUCUGCUGUUCAGCCACAAGGAGGCGCACUGCCUUAUACUAGACUAGUGUGGACACAGAGCAUUAUCAGAAUCCCGCUCACCCCAAUUUAUUGCAGUAUAUCAGAAGCAGAGGUGGAAAGUCCAGGUCCAGAAGGUACAAAUCCAGACCAAGAUUUUCUUUCAACCAACCAGUUCAGUAUCAAGAGUCACAGUCACAUUGUACUCAGCUGGUUGGUUUAACGAAAAUCGUGGUCUGGAUUUGCACCUUCUGGACCUGGACUUUCCACCUCUGCUCAAAAGUUACUAUUGAAGAUGUGCCAUAGCGUGGCUUCUGAUAUUUCCUGUUGUGUAGACCCCCACUGGAGCGAUGUGUCAUUGGAUUUAGCAAGAACCUACGUUCCCAUUCCUGCUCAUACCCACUGCUGACUCCGGGUCUUUCUGUGGGUCUCUUCCUGUUUUCGGUGGCUCAGAGCUGACUAGCAACUUUGUAAGGAAUAAAAAAAAAAAAUGUUUGUAUGAGUGACUUCACUCCUGUUCUGUAUGUUGGUGAGUGUUUGGAUGCUCCAGUGAUGUUUUAACCCUUAAAAUGCCUGUUCCUUUUACCUGCUCCGUUUCUCUCUAUUUCCUUUCUCCUCUGUCUUUCUCGCUCCCUCCUUUCUGCCCUUCCUCUUCUUCGAGGCCUGUGCUAAGACGGUUGGUUUCAGUAUCUUGCACCCCGCUUUCUGGCCCAUUGCCCCCAUCGGGGGUGGAAAUCACGCAGAUUCAUGGCUUUGUCUCAAGCCUGGUCACUGUGGGCUCUCCUUUGACGUUCAGCCACACAGAACACAGACAUUACUACCCAUUAAGCACAUUAUCUCCAUACAGAGUUAAAAAAAAAUCCGUCCAGUUUUGCGGGGGCUGGGGGUUGAUGGUUGACAGAGCCAUGAAAUCGCCCAUGUUUCCACCCUUGGUCUUGGGACCGGCUGUGUUGCGUCUGGUUCCGUUGCGUUCUGCCGGGUUCUUGGUGUUACUGUGAGUGGUGGUUCCGUCGAGAGUAACGUGUGAGUAACAAAAUGCUUAAGUGAAGGAUGUUGUACUUUAUAUCGUUGUUUUUUUGUUUUGUUUUGUUUUCUGUUCUGUGACACAAGGGGUUAAAGUUCAAAGUCACUUGCGCUUAAUUAAAGCCUGCUAGUUUCCUUUAAUGUGAUAUAUGAUACCUUAUUUCUGUUCUGUUCUGACUAAGUGUGCCAAAUUGUAUGUAAACUACUCUGUCGACGCCUUAAAGACGACUGUGCAUUCGACGGUGAGGAAAGAAAAAUCGAGUCAAAAAGCCAAAUAGAUUUUGUCUCUCUUAA